CAAUAUUUACAGUCCACAAACUCGUGCGCCUAAACGCAAUUGUUGUUUCGGCUGUCAUACAGUUGACAAUUUCUCUACGCACACACACACAUAUACACGGCUCGCAUUCUCGCAGAGCAGUAAAAAAACACACGAUCAAAGUGAGAUAUUGCCCAACGUGUGUGCAUACUUUUUUUUUGUUCCCCACCAGGCAGCAUUUUCCUCCAGUCGUACCUUCUUUACGUCGGCAUUUCUUCCGGCGUUAUGUCUGGGGCCGGUAGUGCUGCCCGCUCGCUGAAAAUCUUCGUCGGCAACGUCGCCUGGACCGUGGGGCACCGGGAGUUGCGCAACUACUUCAGCCAGUUCGGCAAGGUUUCCUGGGCCCAGGUAGUGUUCGACCGGAAGACGGGCCUGUCCAAGGGGUACGGGUUCGUGUCGUUCCAGAAGCGGGCGUCGAUCGAGAACCUGGAGCGCAACCAGAAGCACGUGCUCGACAACACGCCCAUCUUCUUCCAGCAAACGGACUAGGGGGGCGGACGCGGUAGUAGUAGAUAGUAGCAGUAGUAGUAGUGGCGGCGGUAGUGGGCUAGGUAGCAUUUUGUAGGAUAUGUGGUAAGGGAGGCGGCCCACUUGCUCGCGAUGGCGGACAUGAGUGACGAGCUGGAGGAGACGACCGCCAGCCCGCUGGAGGAGAGCUUUGCCCGGGCGACCAAAUACAUCGAGCACAGCACGGACCAGUUCAAGCAGGAGCAGCUGCUACAGUUCUACGGUCUGUACAAGCAGGCGACGGUUGGGCCGUGCAACACGCCGAAGCCGGCGAUCUACAGCAUGACGGCACGGGCCAAGUGGUACGCUUGGGACAAGGUGCGGCAGCUCGAUCCGGCCGACGCCAGGCAGCAGUACGUGCGGCUGCUGGACGAGCUGGCGCCGAGCUGGUGCGAACGCCACGGCUCGCCCGGCGCACCGGAACCGGCCUGGGUGUCGGUGUCGCGGCCGAAGCGACUGUCGGAGUGCAGCCUGCCGGAUGACGGGACGGCCCGGUCGCUGGUCGACAGGAUCAAGGCGAACGACCUGGACGGUGUGCGGGCCAUGCUCGGGGACAGUGGCGAGCCGGCGGCGCUAGUGAACGGGCUGGACGACGAAGGCAUGGCUGCCAUACACUGGGCGGCGGACCGGGGGAACGUAGAGAUUCUGACCCGUCUGCUGGCCGUCGACGGGAUCGAUAUCAAUCUGCGCGGGGCGGACGGCCAGACCGCGCUGCAUUACGCGUCCAGCUGUGGCAAUGUGGAGUGCCUGCAGCUGCUGCUGCAGCACGGCGCGGACCGCACGAUUAGGGAUGAGGAGGGCGAAACGUGUAGCGACGUUGCUUACAAUCAGGCAAUAAAGGCUUGCCUCGCGUGAGGUUUUUGGAAGGUGUAA